AUGCAGGAGCUGACGCCGCGGGAGCGGAGGGUGACGGAGGUGCGUUUGUUCGUGUGGCUGGCGAUGGCGGACGUCGAUGCGUACAUCGCCAUGACGGAGGACGAGGUGGAGGAAGAGUACCGCAUGGCGGGGAAGCUCCAUAGGUCCAAAACCCCGACAACGAGUGGAAGAAGCGUCUCGCUAGGCUCGCCAGGAAGUGGCCGCCGCCUGUCGGCUUCAUCCCUGAUCGACGAGUAUCUCAAGCUCCUCGACGACGACGACGACGAUGACGACAUGGACGAGGAGGAGGGGAAGGAGCUGAUCGGCCAACCGGACACGGAGAAAAACUAG